AUGCUCCACGUCGUACUUGCAGGGGGCCUCGGAGGAGUGGGAAGAGAGAUUUCAGAUGCUCUCUUGCAGCGGGGAAAAUCUCGACUGACAGUGUUUACGAGAAAGCUGCCCUCCGAGGCGUUAACACCCAGAAAUGUCGACGAAGACAGGUCAAGUUCGACCUACCGGGUUGUAAAGGUUGACUACUCUGAUGUCAAUGAACUUGCGUCUCACCUCCAAAACGUCGAUGUUGUCUUGAGUUUUGUCCUGGACUACGACAAUAAAGUGCAGAAAAACCUGAUCGAUGCAUGCAUGAUCGCCAAAGUAAAGAGAUUUGCUCCAAGCGAAUGGGUCUGGGCCAACUAUUCUGGCAUUGAGCUCUUCAAGUACAAAGAUGACGCCCGAAGCUAUUUGGAACAGAUCAACGCUCAAGGCAAGGUCCUCGAGUAUUGUCUCUUCCAACCAGGAAUGUUCAUGAAUUAUCUGAGCUUUCCCAAGAAAUCUGCCAGUCACCUACACCUCUCGCCAAUUCCGAUUGACGUACAGAACUACAAAGCCAUCACUUUGGAAGGUGAAAACCCCCAUGUUGUCUUCACCACCGUGCAGGAUUUGGCGAGGGUAGUUGCUCUUGCGGUUGAACACACAUUGCCCUGGCCAACCGUCGGACAGAUCUGUGGAACAAGAACCACCGUUAAAGAUCUCAUUAGCCUCGCAGAACAAAUUAGAGGAACUCAUUUCGAAAUACACCAGGUUCGUCGAACAGAUCUCGAACUUGGGAAGAUGGAGAGUCCAUGGACGCCUCAAAUAAUUCAUUCCUCAGUACCUCCGGACAAAGUAGAGGAAAUGAGCAGACAGCUGUCUAUCAACUGGUUAUUAGCUGCAGCCCGAGAAUCUAUGGACGUAUCGCCAACAUGGAAUUAUCUACUACCGGGUUUCAAGCCUACACAGGUCACGGAUUUCCUAAACGAACAUUUCUCCUAG